CGGCGCCAUCGCCGGCGCACAGGGCCCGGCUCCGCCCCCGCCGCCUCAGCGCUGCCGGCGCCGGCCCCGCUCGGCGGCCGCGCCCCGGAGCGUCCGCAGCGCUGCCUUUGCCCUGCCCUGCCCCGAGGAAUAGCUGAGAGGAGAAAAACCUGACAUUCCUGAAAAUGGCAGCUGAGACAUCCACAGAAGUUGCAAAAACAGCUAAACAAUCCGUCCUUAAGGAAGAGGUAAUCGUAGAAAGACAAUGGUUGAAGCUUGCAGAAACAACUUACACUGAUCCCUUUGGGAAACCCAGAACUUGGGAAACUGUGAAGCGUACUGGCAACAAAAAGGGAGUUACAGCUGAUGGUGUAGCAGUGAUAGCAGUGCUGCAGAGAACCCUGCACUACGACUGCAUUGUCCUGGUCAAACAGUUCAGGCCCCCAAUCAAUGGCUACUGCUUGGAAUUUCCUGCAGGCCUCAUUGAGGAAAACGAGUCAGCAGAAAGUGCUGCCCUUCGAGAGCUGAAGGAAGAGACUGGGUACAAGGGGGAAGUCAUUGAAUGUACUCCAGCUCUGUGCUUGGACCCAGGAAUGUCAAACAGCACAACGCACAUCGUGAGCGUCAUCAUUAAUGGAGACGAGGCUGAGAACACAAGGCCUAAGCAAAACCUUGGUGAGUCUUGUACCAGUUAUUUGAAAAUUUUGAGAAGAUAACCAAACAAUGGGUUU